UUUCUCUCAAAGUUUCAAUCUUUUUCUUUUCUUUUUUCUUUUUUCAAUCAGGGUUGUGACUUGUGAGCAUUCAUUCAGUUCAGAUCUUUCUUUCAAAUGGCGACGUCGUUGAAAAAUCUACUCUUCAAGGGAAUCGCAGCUCGUUCUCUCAGAAGGCCUUUAAAUGGUUCGUUUUACAAUUAUCGCAUGAGAUACUCGACUACGGUGUCAAAUGAUUCAGACACGCACGAUGACUUCAAGCCAGCUAAUAAGCUUGAGAAUUCUGGCACAUCUUUGGAAAAUAUUGUUGAGCAGGAUGUCAAGGAUAAUCCUGUUAUGAUUUACAUGAAAGGUGUGCCUGAAUAUCCACAAUGUGGAUUUAGCUCGCUUGCAGUCAGAGUUUUAAAUCUAUAUGAUGUUUCUAUAAGCGCUAGAAAUAUUUUGGAGGAUGCUGAACUGAAAAAUGCUGUGAAAGCCUUCAGUAACUGGCCAACAUUUCCACAAAUUUUCAUCAAGGGAGAGUUUGUUGGGGGAUCAGAUAUCAUUCUCAAUAUGCACCAGACUGGUGAGUUGAAGGAAAAGCUUAAAGAUAUUACGUCCAAGCAGUAAAAGCUGGCCUGAGAUGAUGAAAUUUCAGCGUUGUAGUUUACAAGAAUUUCUUGAUAUCAUCUAUUUGAGUUGAUUAAAGGCGAUAUUUUGUGAAUUCUUUGUUCCUGAAUUUCUGGAUUAUAUUCAAAUAAGAAGUGCUGGUAUUCCUUUA